AGGGUUUAUCAUUUCCGAUCGUAAUCGGAAUCCCAUAGCUUAACCGUCACCAAUCUCUCUUUUAGCUUCUCUCCGGAUGGCCACCUCCGCCGUCGUCUCCGGUGCCAGAUCUAUGCUUCGAGCUGCUUCCUCUCGUGGCCGCUUCGCCUCUCAAGCGAAAUCAGUUCCGCCCAUGUUUAGAGCCACCCCUAGAAGAAGCUCACUGCCUUCACCCCUCCGAAAUCCUGUGGAAAUGAGUUUCUGUAUGGAGUCGAUGUUACCCUACCACACCGCCACUGCUUCUGCGCUUAUGACUUCAAUGCUUUCUACCUCUGCAAAUACCUACGCCUGGCUCUCUUACGCUUGCAAUGAUGAUGUGUGAUGAUGACUUAGCAUGGAGAUCACUGAAGCUACAUUUUAUCUUGCAAAGAGGACUUUUGAUGAUGUCUACAAGUACCCAACGCAGAGAAGGUUUUAAGAGAGUUUAGGCACCGAAAAACAAUUAGUUGUUGUAUUUCCCAAACACAAAUGAUCUCCUUUCCUUGUCUUUAGUUUUUUAUAUAGAAGACAGAUCCUCUCCAUUUUAAAAAACAACUCUUUAUCAACUCUGUUACAUUAACAUUGCAUCUCUGUUAUUAAAAGUGUCUUUGUCUUCAGUUCGUAUACAAACGAUCUGUCUUCAGUUGUUUACACUCCAUCUUAAUAGUCUCUAUGAUUGUACAUCAAAGCAAACUCAAAAUUUACAGCGUG